GCGAUCAUUCAUUUGGAAGUGGCAACGUUAAACUGCUCUCACAGUUCUUCGAGGCUUCUCAGUCCUCGGUCGGCUGGAACGGAAAACCAAGCCGAGCUACCGACGGAAACACUGACGGGCAAUACGGAGCAAACUCUGUAAUGCACACCCAGAAGAAGGGACCUCAAUGGUGGAUGGUCGACCUCGGAGGUGCCUUUAAUAUUAACUUAGUGGUUGUUUACAACCGAAUGGACACUGCUCAAGAAGAAAUCAACGGAGCUAAAGUCUACGCAGGAAAGAAAUACUGUGGUAAAAUCAGCUACAUUCGUGACCGCAAUGUUUACACAAUUCCCUGCCAAGGUGCAUCAGCUAGUUUCGUGAAGAUCACAACAGUGAACCAUUACAUCAAUGUAGCAGAAGUACAGGUCUACGGUGGUACUGCGAAGAUCAAGGACUUAAACCUGGUCUCUUACGGGAAACCAGCAAAACAAACCAACAUGGGUUGGGGCGGUGUUGCUCAGAGGGCUGUAGAUGGAAAUGUAGAUGGAAACUAUAAUCGACACAGUUGCUCUCACACCAGGACAAACAAGAACGUUUGGUGGGAAGUGGACUUAGAGCUCACAUACCCAAUCUACAUGAUACUGGUUCACAACCGUAGGGAUUCUGCCCAAAACAGAUCGAUGGUGUUUAUGUUUAUGUUGUAUCAGAAGUAGGAGCUAAGCAGCUCUGCGGCAGAAUCAGCUACAGAAAACAAGUUGGUGUCUAUCCGAUAAGCUGUGGUGGCAAGAAAGGAAACAAGGUCCGUGUUGAGCACAAAUACAAUUACCUGACAUUGGCUGAGGUUCAAGUCUUCGCUAGUGCCAAGGUCACCAUGGAGGGUUACUACGGAUCUGGAAACGUACAGAUUCUAUCCCAAGGAAAGCCCGCUAUGGAAUCCAGCGAAGGUUGGGGAGGCAAUCCCUCCAGAGCUGUAGACGGACUCACUGAUGGCUGGUACAAUGGAAAGUCUGUAUCACAUACGCUCAGUAAAUCUCAACAGAGGAAUGUGAAAACACAGUUCUGGAAGGUAACUCUCGGCAACUCCUACCACAUCAACAUGGUCCUCAUCUACAACAGGAUGGACUGUUGCCAGGAACGUAUAAACGGAGCAGAAGUAUGGGCAGAUAACCACAUCUGUGGAAAGGUCUUCUACGAGGCCAACAAGCAGACCUACUCUGUAUCUUGUAACGGUGUCAAGGCUAGUGAGGUGUCUGUUAAACUGUCCACUGGAAACUACCUGUCUCUCUCUGAAGUUCAAGUAUUCGGUGGGUCUACAUCCAUCAAGGGUCUUGACCUUCUCUCCGAGGGCAAACCAACAAACAUGAAGGGAUAUGCUUACCGCACUGAAGGACAAAAGGCUGUUGACGGCAAAGUUGACGGAAACACCAGACGAACAUCUCCAGCAUCGAGCAAAGGAAACUCACACACAAACAACUGGUGGGAGGUUUACCUACAGGGAACAUACCCCAUCUACCUGGUUCUGGUUCACAACAGGUGGGACAGAAACGCAGAGCAGAUCCACGGAGCCGAGGUUAAGGUGGGAUCCACUUCAUGUGGGACCAUAAAGUACCACAGAGAUGUGAAAGUGUACGCGAUCAACUGUAAGGGAACUAAAGGAAGCACUGUGAGGAUUGAACAGAAUAAGAACAACUUGGUCCUCCCGGAAGUUCAAGUGUACGGUAGAGCUGCUGGUGGUGAUCUAGGAGCCUUCUAUACCGGACAGAGCAAUGGUGCGAACUCCGCUGCGAUUUCGGUCGGAAAGUCGUACCCCAUACCCGGAGGUAUACUCGAGCGGGGAUCUAUCCUGGUCUUCACAGGAGUGAUCAAAGAUAUGACGUCACCUUGGUCCAUCAACUUCCGGUUCAGGGACGACAAGGAGAUGCCGCUACACAUAGCAGGUCGACCUAAGGACUACAAGAUAGUACUGAACUCGGCCACUCCCAAAAAGGACAAAGUGCAUUGGGGCAAGGAAAUUUACUUGCCAUGGGCCGGCUCCUUCGUUGUAGGAGACAGCUUUGUCAUCGUAGUUUCCAUUGAACAGAACUUCUUCCGUUUCAAGAUAAACGGAAGAGAGCAGAGAAUCAGGUUCAAUUUCAGAGGAGGAAGACUCAAUCAAAUCCAUAGAAUCAGUACCAUAAGUUUCGAGGGACCAGAAGGAACCUUCACCAAAAUGACCAGGAGUUGUUUGUUGGCUAACAGAAACUACGCCGGAGCUGAUCUCAAAACCUUCAUUACAAAGAACCACUCUGUUAACGAGUGUAAGACUGCUUGUAUGAAGAAUGCUGAUUGUGUUGCGUUCACAUACCACACUAAGAACGGAAGAUGCUGGAUAAAACGUCCUGGUCACAACCGCAACAGCAAUGGAGCAAACCUCCUAUCCGGACUAAAAUCUUGUUAUCAAGGAUACAACCCGUUGGGUAGUGGAAACUUCAAGUUGCUAUCACAAUCCUACCAUGCUUCCCAGUCAACAACAGGCUAUGGAGGACAGGCAUUGCGUGCAACUGACGGUAAUACUGACCCCCGAUGGGGUGCAAGCACCUCCACCUCCACCCUAAACAAGGGCAAGCAGUGGUGGAGAGUGGAGCUAGGAGGAACCUACCAUAUCAACCUGGUCGUGAUCUACAACCGACUGGACAACUGCUGUCAGACCAGGAUUAACGGAGCCAAGGUCUACGCCGGUACCGAGCUCUGCGGAUUUGUCCGCUGGAUUAAGAACCGUCACGCCUACGUUAUCUCGUGUAAUGGAGCCAAGGCUGACUACGUGCAGGUUAAACACGAGAACGAUUUCCUGACCCUGGCUGAAUUGCAAGUCUUCGGAGGAAGCAGUGGUAUCACGAGUGAUCUCUCUAACGUAGCCCUCGGACGACCAGCUUCUCAGAUAAACGAGGGGUGGGGAGGUAAAGCAGGUAGAGCUGUGGACGGUAACGCUGCAGGGGUAUGGGGUCUAGCAACCUCCUCCCACACUCGCGGCAACAGAAACGUCUGGUGGCAGGUAGAACUGGGUAAAGAUUAUCCAAUCUACAUGGUUCUAGUUCACAACAGACAGGACGCCUGCUGUUGGGACAGACUAGACGGUGCUAAAGUCUACGUUGUUAACGGAGGCAAGAAGCAGCUCUGUGGUACCGUCAGUGCCAAACAAAGCAUAAACCAAUACCCAAUCAACUGUGAGGGCAAGACGGGUAGUGUGGUCAGGAUUGAGAACAAGUGGAACUACUUGACACUGGCUGAGGUUGAGGUGUUUGCUACUGGCGGAGUCUCAAAGCGAGCUGCAGCUACUAACUACGGCUCUUACUAUACUCAAAACACCGGAAAGGGUAUGAGUCUGACAACGCUGACAUCUGGAAGCAGCUACGAUCUGCCAGGAGGCCCACUGAUUGAGGGAACCUUCCUCGUGUUCCAAGGUACCGUUCAGGACCUCAACAAACAGUUUGUCCUCAACUUCUACACUGCACGUGGCGAUAUCGCUCUGCAUUUUAAUGCCCGGCCCAAAGACAAGAUAAUCGUGUUGAACUCUGCAAAGAAGCAGAAGAAAGACUGGAAGUGGGCGGGAGAAGUGAGAAUGCCAUGGCUGAUAUCAAUCUUCCCUGGAGAUACCUUUGUUCUUCUCGUACGAGUUGAGAACAACGGAUUUACAUUCAAGUUGAACGAUCAUCAGUACACACAGCGAAUAAACAACAGGGAGAAAUUCAGGGACAUCACAAGAUUCUCUGUCGGAGGACCCAAGAACACGUGGUCUAAAUUCUACAGGAGUUGCUUGCUUGUGGAUAAGGACUUCUAUGGAGGAGACAUCAGGCACUUCAAGACCAAGAAUAAGAAUAUUGUUGAGUGUAGGAAUGCGUGUAUGGCGGAUAAGGCAUGUUUGGCGUUCUCACUGCAGAAGAACACAGGCAAUUGCUUCCUUAAACACGGUGGACACAAGCCUAUCUCACAAACUACAAACAAUAUCUCCGGUCUUAAACGCUGUUACAAGGGAGAGACAGGAGCGAUCCUGGGCAAGGGAGACGUGAAGCUGCUCUCACAGAAAGCAGUUACCGAGCAGAGCUCCACCUACUCCUCAGGGAGGUCAUCCAAAGCUGUUGACGGAAACCUUAACGGUCGUUGGAGCGGCGGAUCCGUGUCCCACACACACUCACCAAAGGAAAGGAAAGGCAAGGUGCAAUACUGGAUGGUUAAGUUCGGAAAGGCGUACAGAAUCAACCUGGUUAUCAUCUACAACCGGCAGGAAUCCACUUCCAGUGAGCGUAUCAAUGGCGCGAAGGUGUUUGCUGGGUCCAAGGAAUGUGGUUCUGUCCGGUAUGUUCCGGGUCAUUACGUGUACUACAUAUCUUGUAACGGAGCCAAGUCAGACCACGUGAAGAUCACUCAAAACAACUACCUCCAACUUGCUGAGGUUCAAGUGUUCGGAGGAGACGGGGAGAUCAGUGGACUAGGACUUCUAUCCUACCGCAAACCCACCAAAUCUUCAUCUAUGGGAUGGGGAGGAAUCCCAUCUCGAGCUGUGGACGGAAACGUCGACGGCCACUACGCACACGGAACAUCAAUGCACACAAAACACGGCAAAGGACACGACAACUGGUGGCAGGUGGACCUGGAGGGACACUACCCAGUGUACCUGGUCCUACUUCACAACAGAUGGGACUGCUGCCAGGACCGCAUUGGUGGAGCCGAGGUCUACCUCGAUGACUACAAGUGUGGAUAUGUUUCGUACUACAGAGGAGUAGCUGUCUAUCCCAUCAACUGUGGUGGUAAGAACGGGCGAAUUGUGAAGGUGGUACAGAAGAACAACUUCCUGACACUGGCAGAGGUCCAAGUAUUUGGUACUGGAGGCCCAGGUCUGUCCGUGCCCAACUUCGGAACAGGAGACGUGAUGUUGUUGUCUCACGAGAAGAAGACUUCUCAGAACUCUGUUGGCUGGGGAGGUGUUCCCGGCCGUGCAGUGGACGGCAAGACUGAUGGUGACUACAGACACAAGUCAGUAUCUUGUUCGCAACACAACAAGAACAACUGGUGGUCGGUGGAUCUAGGCAAAGUGUAUGCAGUAAACAUGGUGGUGCUCUACAACAGAGAGGACUGCUGCCAAGACAGAAUAGACGGCGCUACUGUGUACGUCGACAAUUAUAAGUGUGGACAAAUAUUCUACGUUCCUAAAGUGAACAACUACUGGGUCUCUUGUGACGGUCACAAGGGCAGCACGGUCAAAGUAACUCUUGCUGAAGACUUCCUGCAGCUUGCUGAAGUGCAAGUAUUCGGUGGACCCGGAAGCGUGCCUGGACUUGGGCUACUCUCACACGGACGUCCGACCAAACAGAGCACUACAUGCUGUGGAGGAAAAUCUUCCUUAGCUGUGGACGGUAACACAAACGGAAACUGGAACAAGUACAAAACUACUCACACCGCUGGUAACAAGAACCAAUGGUGGGAGGUAGAUCUAGGUGAAGUCUAUCCAGUAUACUUGGUAGUUGUACACAUCCGCUCGGAUACUGCACUGCAGAAGAUUGAUGGGGCCGUUAUCAAGGUCGAGAAACAAGUCUGUGGAACCAUACAUUUCCUACCUGGUAUGAGUAUUUUCCCUAUCAACUGCAAGGGCCUUAAAGGAAAACAUGUCCGAAUUGAAAAACCUCAGCACUAUCUGAUGCUGGCUGAAGUACAAGUGUUUGGUACCGGGGGUCCAGGACCUAUCGGCUCCAACAUAGGAAGCAGCGACUACGGAAUGCUCCUGUCCCAGAACAAACAAUCCACUCAGUCCAGUAUGGGCCACGGUGGUCUGGCUAUGCGAGCUGUUGACGGAAACACUGAUCCUCAAUGGGGACACAAGUCCGUUUCCCACAGUGGUAAACCCAAAGAUAACUGGUGGAGAGUAAACCUCUACAAGGAUUAUCAUGUCAACAUGGUCGUCAUCUACAACCGUAGGGAGUCUCCAGAACGAAUCAACAACGCUGAGGUAUAUGUCGGAAACCAGAGAUGUGGUACAAUAAGGUUCAACCCAAAGGAGCUCUAUUAUGUAGUGCAUUGCGACGGCAAGAUAGGUAAAUACGUGAAGAUAGUUCAGAGAUACAGCUGGCUUCACAUGGCUGAAGUGCAGGUGUAUGGUGGUAGCAAGAGUGUCUCCGGAUUAGGAAUCUUGUCCGAGGGCAUGCCAACUAAAGCCAGCUCAGUUGGGAUAGAUAGGAAUAAGAAGCAAAUACCUGAGAGAGCUGUAGACGGUAAUGUUGACGGUGCCCCCGCCCACGGAAGCUGCUACGGCAGCAAGGGACCUAAGAACAACUGGUGGCAGGUGGAUCUUCAGAAGAGCUACCCUGUUUACACGAUCCUGGUCCACAAUAGAGUAGACCCGAAGAAGGGUGUCAAACGACAUAUAAACGGUGCUCAGGUAUACCUAGACACUAAACUGUGUGGAACGAUCCACUGGUACCCAGACCGGCAAGUGUAUCCUGUCAACUGUGACGGCACAUCUGGAAGGGUUAUCAAGGUCGUUCAGAACAACAACUUCCUCACUUUGGCUGAAGUGCAGGUCUUCGGAACAGGAGGACCUAAAGCUGGUGCAGGUUACAUGGGAGGAGGUGACGUACAGUUGCUAUCCUUCGGAGCUACGGCUACAUCGUCUUCAGUAGCUUAUGGAGGUCUUCCUGCUAGAGCCAUUGACGGUCGACCCAAUAGAAGAUGGAGCGACAAAUCUGUGAUGCACACAAAAAAUGUUCCAAACAACUGGUUGAAGAUUGAUGUCGGGGCUUCGACCCAUAUCAAUCUGGUAGUGGUUUACAACAGAGCUGAGCACGCUGAACGAAUCAACGGACUUGUCAUUAGUGUCAUCAACGGAAAGACAAAAACUAAAUGCGGUACCAUUAGCUACAACAAAUACCACUUGGCCUACUACAUUUCAUGUAACGGCGCAACUGGCAACGUAGUGGAGCUUCUCCAACCGAGGAAAGACUUCCUCCAGAUCGCAGAGGUAGAAGUGUUCGGUGGUCCCAACGCGGUCUCCGGACUUAACCUCCUGUCAUACUUCAAACCAACCUCCCAGUCCUCUACCGGGUGGAGCGGACACUCCUCCAGAGCUGUGGACGGUAACUUUGACGGUGUGUGGGGCCGAGGAAGUGUAACUCACUCCGCUUCUGGUACCCAGAAGGGCAAGGUUAACUGGUGGAAGGUGGACCUACUGGGAGUGUAUCCCGUAUAUAUGGUCAUCAUUCACAACAGGAUUGACGCUUGUUGUCGCGACCGGAUUGAUAAGGCUGAGGUUUACGUAGGUAAGAGACUGUGUGGCAGAGUAAAAUGGAUGCCUAAAAUCCAAGUGUACCCCAUCAAUUGUAGGGGAAUGCAAGGAAGUGAAGUGAAGAUAAUCCAGCGUCACGGUUACUUGGCACUGGCGGAGGUCCAAGUGCUUGGUACCGGAGGCCCUGACAUCUUCGUGUCUGGUUCAGGAAAUGUAAUGCUGCUCUCUGAAAACCGACCAGCCACCCAGUCAACUACUACUAAUGGCGGAGUUCCUUCACGAGCUAACGAUGGAAACCCAAGCGGUUACUGGAAUGAACACUCGAUAAGUCACACAAACCACAAAAAGAACCACUGGGAAGUAAACCUUGGAGACGAGCAUCACAUCAAUCUUGUGGUGGUGUACAACAGGGUUGAUACAGUCCAGGACCGCAUCAACGGAGCUGAGGUUUGGGCCGGGAAGAAGAAGUGUGGAACAAUCAACUAUAGGAAAAACGUAAACAGCUACGCUAUCAGCUGUCAAGGAGUACUAGCUAGCACAGUGCGAGUGUCUCACAAAAAAGGAUGCGUGUCCCUCGCCGAGGUACAAGUAUUUGGAGGAAAACAAGCUGUCAGCAACCUGAAUCUCCUCUCUUGGCACCAGAAAGCAACCCAAUCUUCUACUAAAAUUAACGGCGUUGCCAGCAGGGCAGUGGACGGUAACGCAGCAGGAGUAUGGAGUCACAACAGUGUGACACACACUCAGUUCAACAAAGACAACUGGUGGCAGGUGGAUCUUGGAGCUACCUACCCAGUAUACCUGGUCCUGGUCCACAACAGAAAGGAGGUUCCAGAUAGAAUUAACGGAGCGAAGGUUUAUCUUGAUAACCAGCUUUGUGGAAGUAUCUCAUACAUUCCAUACCGCAUGACUUACCCAAUUAACUGUGAUGGUAAGAAGGGAAGAAUUGUUAAGGUGGUGCAAGCACACAACACUUUGUCUCUGGCAGAGGUUAUGGUGUACGGAGUUGGAUAUCCAUUCGGUGGAAACGGUGGUGUCUGGGCAACCAACAUUGGAGGUUGGAAGAGAUCGUCAAUAACCAACGCGAAGGUAGAAAAGAUACCUGGAGGCAAAAUCAAACUCGGAAAUGUGUUCAUCAUCCGUGGAAAACACACAACUGAUAGCAAACAAUGGGUGUUUAACCUCAUGGGCUCUGGAAAAGACGUAAGUGCACAAAAAUGA